AUGGUUUCUUCCCUUCUACCGUCGUCUCUAGACGCCCUAGCCCCUCCUUUUUAUCCGUCCAUGUCAUGGUACUCUUCAAUUACGGAAGAUUAUUACCAAGAGCGACCACAUUCACCUGGUAAAGCAGGAUUUGUGAUUGCUGACCCUGUCGAGCUUUUGCAGGAGAUUCCGGACGAGGAGCUCUUUGAUCCGGACUUUUACCCACUGUCCGCUACAGAGAUGCAAGAGCUGGAGCAAGUGGAUGAGAUCAAUGAGAUAUUGGCCGAGCUGGAGCUGAUGGAGCAUCAGCAGGAGCUGCAUUACAAAUUGAGUGAGAAGACACGUGAGCUUCGCUCGAACUCGGACGAGGAUGCUGAGAUUUACAACUGGAUGACCAGGACUACUAAAGCCAAGAGUUGUAGCACGAAACAGCAAGUACAUUUUCAGAAGAAAAGCUUCCACAACAAGCCAAACACGCUUCAUCAGCCUCGCUCGGUCAAGUAG